AUGGCCAUACCGAGAGCACGCGAAGAGGCACCACCACCCUUGCCUCCUCCACGUCAUAUCGACCUCAGUGGAAGAGACCCUGGUUGGCAAUGGGGUAACACAAACAGCCCAAGGGACACCGGCUUUGGCGGAAAUCGGCUCGCGACAGUUAGACCUGGCUCGAGCUUGUACGGUGGAGCCACAGGCAGCUAUCCGCGGGAGCCUUCGGUCGAUAUGUUUAGCCCUGCCCGCGAACCUUCCGUCUCUAGAUCCGUCGACGGCAUGAGCGAACACAGCAACACCAGCGAGGACGACCGUAGUAACAAAGCUCGGCCAUCUCUCAAGAACCACAGACUCACGAGCGAGCGACAACUCGGUCACAAAGCCGUGCAGAAUUCAUCGCAUGCCUACGAUAAGCAACUACUCUCGAAGAUCGGCGGCCCGAAUACACCCACACGAACAACCGCGUCAUCCAUCUCCUCUGCCAGCACUCACGCCCCCGCCGCUUCCGAUACACACGUCCCUUCUCACAAGCUCAGCGGUCAACUAAAGCCGUUGACUGUACCUACUAUAUCACCGAGUUACAACGGCUGGCGUAGUCCAGGAUUCGAUUCAGCGGAAUCACAAAGGGCACGCUACGGAAGCAUUUCAACUCCAGGCCCUUUAGACGAGACAUCUUCUCAGCACCGCGGUAGCUACGACCACAGCAUAUUCUCGGAUCCCGAGUUUGGUGGCAUGGAAGAAAAUGGAAUGCGUGAUCUGAACAUCAAUGAACGUAGCCCUGCCGAGUCAGAGGACUAUCAGUUGGGCCCUAAGGGUGGCCUAAAACGGCGGGCCUCGUCGCCGCCCUCUGAAGCCGCGCGCGACGAUCGACCCAUCCCAAGCGGCCAUAAUGAUCUCUACCACCGCCGCUCUCAGCAAAUGCUGGUUAAUCGGAAUUGCGCAGCUUCUCGUUUUCAGUCAAACUCAAACUCGCUAUCUUCGACUGGGUCCGUAAGUCAACGCAGCGGUUCGAUCGGCUCUUCUUUCGGGUUUUCAACCGCUCCAAGCAGUAUGGCAAGUUAUUGCGGAGAUCAGCGCGUUUCACCCAGUGCGUUGUCGCCUUUGGGCGAAACAGAGUUAGGCCCCGUCUCGCCAUAUGCAGCUAAUAGGUCAUUGGACCCUAGCCCCCACGGGUCGUUGUCACGACCUCCGCAUCAGCGAGGCUUCUCGGAGUCCGAGCAUCCGCAGAUACGAAAAAUGUCAACGGAAAGCAUGUUGCACUCGCGACAGAAUUCAAUCGCAAAUCGUUUACCAGGAGCUUACAUCUGCGAAUGCUGUCCCAAGAAGCCCAAAAAAUUCGACAGCGAAGAUGAGUUGAGAGCACACGAGCUAGAGAAGCAGUACAUCUGCCAGUACUGUCCCAAUCGUUUCAAGAAUAAGAACGAAGCCGAGCGCCAUCAGAAUUCUCUUCAUUUACGUCGACAUUCUUGGUCAUGCGCCACGCUUGCCGGUGUUCAUGCAGCUUUUCAUCCCUCCCCUACUCGUCCGAAUGUGGCAGACGUUUGCGGUUAUUGCGGUGAAGAGUUCUCCAAUCCUGCGGAUUGGGAAGCACGAUCUGAGCAUCUGAAUCAUGUGCAUAAGUUUGGGGAAUGCAACCAAGCCAAGAAGUUUUUCCGCGCAGACCACUUCAGACAACAUUUGAAGCAUAGUCAUGCCGGAACCAGUGGAAAAUGGACGAACAUGCUUGAGAACGCAUGCAUGAGAGACGAACCGCCACCACAGGAGCGUGUUGGCUCUAUGGGCUCCAUCUCCGGCCCCUCAAGUCUCGCACCUAAGCCCGGUGUCAUUAACGAAGCACAUGACGAAGCAUGA